AUGCCCGGCCUAUUGAGGGCGUUGAGCUACAAUUUCUUGGCGCAGCUAUUUGGCCGCAUAUUGUCCUUCGCCAUCAACAUCUACCUGCUCCGUGUGAUCGAUAGCAAUGUCAUCGGGAUCGUCAACGUGCGGUUGAUGCUAAUGUACAACACCAUCCUCUUCAUCGUCCGUGAGCCGAUGCGCAAGGCCAAUAUCCUCCCUGGCAGUUUGACGCAAUUCGUGAAUAUUGUAUGGCUAAGUCCGGUGAUUGCGUCCGUCAUGGCCGUGUUUUCUGUGGCUCUUUGGACACUAUUGUCGUCGACAACGAAGGAGCUCCCUCUGACGGUUUUAUUCGCAUUUCCACUGGCGGCCAUCAUCGAGUCUUUCGGAGAGCCCUUCGCCGUCUAUUCGCUAACGUUUUCGAUGAACGCACAUUACGCAUGGUCCCAGUGCUUGCUCAUCAGUUUGCAACGUGUCUUCGUAAUAAUACUGUUGUUCGGAACCGCUCUGGAGCCGUUAUAUAUUUACGCAUAUGCACAGGUAAUGGCAUCGAGCGCGUAUACCCUCUUCCACCUGGCUCGUUUCUGGUUGCGAAGGCCCGAAGAGUUGAAGAACUUCCAAGAUUUUCGAAGCUUUUUCCCGCGCCCCGAGCUGGGACUUCGGCCAGAGUCACUGACGGCACUUAAAACUAUGAUGGGCCAUUCGGUACUGAAACAAAUGUUGACCGACGGCAGCGGCUAUGUGAUGACGUUUACUGACGUCUUGUCGCUCAAAAAUCAAGCCGUCUAUGAUGCGAUCGAAAAGUUGGGCAGUCUGGUUUGUCGUUUGGCAUUAGCGCCGCUAGAAGAGAAUUGCGCGGCUUAUUUCCGGAACGGACUGCAGUCGUACAACGCUCGCCAUCUGCGUCGUAUUUUCCUCGAUAUUUUGCACGUCGCUGCGAUCUUUGGAAUGGUCGUCACUUUCUUCGGAGUUCCGUAUUCGAAGCUCGCCGUUAGUAUCUACGGCGGGAAACUGUUGACUGAGAAUGGAGGUAUUGCCCUACUUUGUAUCUAUUGCUUCUACAUUUGCUUGAUGGCGAUCAAUGGGAUUACCGAGUGCUUUGCCAUGGUCAUCAUGAACGACGGACAGGUGGCAACUCAUGGCGGAUUUUUAUCGAUUCUGGCGAUCGUUCAGUUUCUUCUCUCUUGGAGACGCGCCAAGGAAUAUUUCAACGAUCGCAUAUCCAUCUGCCAUGUCUGGCCUUCCUUCAGCACUUGGGUUGGGCUCAUCUGUGCCUUUUUGAUCAUGGGCUUGUCCUUCUUGUUCUUUGGUCGCGACGAUGGGCUAACUCACGCAUUGACCCACGUCUGCAUCGGCGGAGUACUGCUGCUCAUCGUCACGUUCAGCACCGUCCAAAACGAGCCAAUUCUCCAGCGAAUGGUCUAUGAACCGACGGCUGCCUCUUAUUAUUAUGACGAU